AUGAAAAUAUUUCCAUUAUUAUUCGUUCUUUAUCUCUCAUCCAUCAAUGUUCAAAUUAACAAUGCAGAAAUUGAUUGUACCAUCUAUGAUAAUGAUCUUGAUAUUAUCAAUAUAAAUCCAUUUUACGUUUCACUUUAUCUAUCUCUUUUUUCUACAUCCGUUAAGUAUGAUGAAACAUUACACGUUACAGAGUUUAAUAUAUUUAAUGAUGCUAAUCCAUCUUCAAGUAUAUAUUGUUUGAAAAAUUUACAAAGACUUCAAUUAUCAAAUACAAAUUUAACAAUAUUACCUGAUAUAAAAAAUUUUCAAAAGUUAACAUCAUUAAGUAUUGACACAGAUAAUGGUACUAUUGAUCAACAUUUACCAUCUGAAUUGGGACAAUUAAUAUCUUUAUCAAAUUUAAAAUUAUCUAAUAUUAAAAAUCUUCAAGAUUUACCAAAUGAAAUUAAAUAUUUAAUUCAAUUACAAUCAUUAACAUUACAGAACAUGCCAAAUUUUAAUAAAAUACCUGAUGAAAGUAUUGGUAAAUUAACUAAUCUUAAUACAUUAACAUUAAGUGGAUUACCAUAUUUAUCAAAUAUUCCAUCAACAAUGAAUAAUUUUCAAUUAUUACGACAAUUAGAAAUAACUCGAACGAAUGUUGAUAAUUUACAAUUAGAAAAUUUAGUGAGUUUAUAUGAUUUAAAAAUAACUUAUAAUUUAAUAUUACAAACAAUUCAAAUUACAAAUAUGUUAAAAUUAUAUUCAAUUGAUAUUGAAUAUAAUAAUGAAUUAUUAACAUUAAUAUUACAAAAUUUAUCUUCAUUACAAACAUUAACAAUUUCAUCAAAUACAGAAUUAGUUUCUUUAGAUAUAGAAAAUCUAUCUUCUCUUCAAACAAUAUCAAUAACAAAUAGUGCACAAUUAAAAAAUAUAACAUUAAAAAAAUUUUCUAGAUUAGAUAGUCUUCAAUUAAAUUCAUUAUCAAAUUUGGAAUUAAUUUCAUUUGAAAAUGCACCAUUGUUAUCAACUAUUACGAUUACAUCAAGUCCUCGAUUGAAAACUAUAUCAUUUUUUGAUCUACCAUCAAUAAAAAAUCUUGAUUUGUCUGGAUGUCAAUUAACAACAUUUCCUGAAAGUAUUUUAAAAUUAAAAUCUUUAACAAAAUUAGUUAUGACAUCAAAUCAAUUAUCAGCAUUACCAUUAACAUUAUCAACUGAUUUACCUUAUUUACAAGUUCUUAAUUUGGUGAAUAAUAAAUUUCAAGAAAAUAUUUUUCAACCACCACUUGUUUAUAUUCGUGAACUUUAUUUAAGUAAUAAUUCAUUGACAUCCAUUGAUGGUAUUGGAAAUUAUAAAUCUUUACAACAAUUAGAAUUGAAUUUUAAUAAAAUUUCAUCAAUUCCACUUGAAAUCAUGAAACUAUCAUCGACAUUAACGGGAAUAACAAUAAAUUAUAAUCUAUUGAAUCGUAUUCCAUAUCCAAUGGCAAAUAUGAGAUCAUUAAAAACUUUUUUUGCUACAAAUAAUAAUAUUCCAAAUAACGAACGGCAAUAUCUCUAUAGUUUGUUCAACAAAUCACCUAUAAAAGCUACUUUUUAA